UUCGACGACGGUCGACACAAAGAUGGCGGAAUACACGCGAAACGGUGUUUGUAAAGACGACGCCAUUGAAAAAACCAUAGUUCACGAGAAAAUCAGUGAAGCCAGCCUUCGUGCCGAAAUAAUAGCCCUACAGGAAAAAAUUAAGGCAAUGGAGCUACGACAUCCCAAUACGGACGGAAAAUUGGCGCAUCCCGAAGAAGUAAAAUACCUAAUACCGGAAUUUUCCGACGGCCUUGGUAUCAACCAGUGCUUGAAAACUAUUCGGCAUAAUAGUGAAAUUUACAGCUGGCAAGACAGAACGAAAUUGCUGUACGCAAGCGGUCGACUAACCGGAGCGGCUCGGGAAUGGUUUGAUGGUUUCCGCAACACAAUAAAAACGUUCGAUGAGUUCGCCGAAGAAAUAAAAAAGGCAUUUCCUGACCAAGCUAACGAAGCUCUGAUACAUAGUCAGCUAGCGUCGGUGUCUAGGAAGCCAAGUGAAUCGUACAAUAGCUAUGUGUAUCGUGUGAAUGCACUUGGGAAAAAAGGCAGAGUGAGCGAGGAGGCCAUAAUCACAUACGCCAUCAAAGGGCUGUCUCGUGACCCAAUCUACAACUGCUUAAUCACAAGAGAUUACAGUGAUAUCUAUGAGCUAAUAGAUUUCAUCAAACGUCGCGAAACGCAUUUUCUGAUACGCAAAACCCAAGAUACUCGAAACCCAUCCUCCUACAGUGCGAAUGCUUCGAAGACGAACACAGGCAAAGAGAUGGCGACAGAGCGAAACGGACAGAGAUGUUACAACUGUUCGGAUUUUGGGCAUCAUGCAUCGCAAUGUACAAAACCACGUCGUACUCCAGGUUCCUGUUUUAAAUGCGGAAGCACAACUCAUAUCAUCCGCAAUUGUCCCGAGAUCACCAAACAUUCACCAACAGUAGCUGCAGUUCAGGAUAAUGAGGAAGUUGGAGAUUUUGAAAAGGAUGGAAAUAUUGUUAAGCUAGAUCCCUUCCAAGAGUUCUAGGAGUUUUAUCAAUGAGAGCAUCAUUCCGGGACAACAAUUUGGUAUUCCUCAACCGAGUAGAUUCCGUGGAAUAGGAAACAUACAACUAGAAAUUCUUGGAAAAAUUGAACUACGUAUACGCUUUUGAAAUGAAAUCUUCAAUCAUAUUUUUAUUAUCUUACCUAAAAAUUCCAUGUCAUUACCCUUGCUA